AUGAGGGGAAGAAGCUACACUCCAUCACCACCAAGAGGCUAUGGGAGGAGGGGCCGGAGCCCUAGUCCCCGGGGUCGAUAUGGUGGGGGUCGUGACAGGGAUCUCCCAACCAGUCUUUUGGUUCGCAACCUCCGUCAUGAUUGCAGGCAAGAAGACCUUAGAAGGCAAUUUGAGCAGUUCGGUCCUCUCAAGGACAUCUACCUUCCAAGGGAUUAUUAUACUGGAGACCCACGGGGAUUUGGUUUCAUUCAAUAUGUGGAUCCUGCUGAUGCUGUUGAGGCAAAACAUCACAUGGAUGGUUUUCAUCUUCUUGGUCGUGAGCUGACUGUGGUAUUUGCAGAAGAAAACCGGAAGAAGCCAACUGAAAUGAGAACAAGGGAUCGAGGUGGAAGGAGCAACAGAUUCAAUGACAGAAGACGUUCUCCUCCUCGGUACUCUCGUUCUCCUCCCCCUCGCCGGGGUGGUAGGACGCGAUCACGAAGCCGUGAGUAUAAUUCUCCUCCGCCUAAAAGACAUCAAUCUAGGUCUGUCUCACCUCAGGAUAGACGAUACGAGAAGGAGAGGUCAUACUCUCGCUCCCCACCCCCACCGCACAAUGGCUCAAGGGUUCGCAGUGGAAGUCCUGGGAGGGUGAAGAGCCACAGCAAAAGCCGGAGCCCAAGGAGAAGCAUGAGCCCGAGAAGAAACAGGAGCUACACGCCUGAACAAGCCAGGAGCCGCAGCCCCGUCCCUAGGCAGAGCAGGAGCCCAAGCCCUCGCGGAGAACGUAAUGGAGACCGUUCUCCAAGCCAGUGA